UAAUGCCUACUUUCUUUCAUUCAUAUGUUUUAAUCGCUCAGGAGCUUUGCAAUCACAGCACAUGGAAUGCAGAGGCGAAAUCAUUUGGACAAGACGUUUGCCUUCUUUUCAACAGAUUAUGGGAUUAGGAUGCAGAGUUACGGAGAACUAGAUAAUUGAUGAUUCUUGUGAGUUGAUAUUCUUUUCCCGUGACACAAUCAUGGAGGGGGGAUUCCUCCCUUCACUAAACUAAUCGUGCCAAACAGAAUGUCAGAACAGGAAGGGAGUAAAGAAAUCGGUUUGGGAAGGAGCACCAAAGUAACCAUGUCGUUGUGGCAGUAAGACCUGAAGCCAAAAAAGGAAACCAAAAGUAGAGAGGCAGGCGUAUUAAAAUCGAAGAGUGGUAUGGACGGAAAGGAGCGAGGGAGGAGUCGGGGGAGCGGUGCGGUUGAGAGGGCGACGAAAGGAUUCGCGCGAAGUGGCAAUUUAUAUGCCUCCACUACUCGAAUGGCUGCGUCGCUUUGCUGAUUACUCCUUGUCCCCAAUUUCAACCUUCGUGAGGUUUAUUAAUUUCUCCAAAAAUUGAAACCUUUUUGGCUUCCAGUUCUUUUGUCGUAUGACGCGCCGCGCCCAAGUUUUCUGCUCGAAAAGUAAACGUGUUUUGGCGAAGAAUUAGGGAGAAGAAGCGUUCUUCGCAGGAGAUAGUUUGUUCUUGGUCUCUGAUUUCCUUUGGGAAAAAAGUUACUUUUGGGAUGAGAACGUCGGCUGAUCAUAAUUGGAAUUUUAGUUAUGGUGGAGUUUUUCCUCCAUCUUUUAGCAAUCAAAUCGUAGUUCCUCUUCAGCCAGCAACGUUGAGCAAUGUGACAGACUUGAUAUCCGAGGGAAUGCGUGAUUCAGUUGACGUUCGUAGCAUGGCAGGAUUGAUCUUGCCUGGCAACCUUGUCACUCAGAGUAAUUCUUCACCUAUAAUGCCACUGCCUGGUAAUCUUUCAGGAAACAUCGUUCUUGACCCAGUGCCCCCUCUCAAGCUCAGUCCAGCGGCAGCUGCUAGUUGGUCUUUGGAGGAAUUGUAUGUGCUGAGGCAAGGCCUUGUAGAUCUACAAUUAAAUAGAGCUCAAUGGUGGUAUAAGAUCAAUGUAGAAAAGACCAAAUAGUUGAGAAGCAUGGAUUAUUGUGCGAAGAACCUCAAUUGAACUACAUUGUGGGGAAGACUCGAAGUUUUGAAGAUGUUUCACUCAGAUUUUUUAUUCCGACAUCUCUGUUCUCGAACAUGAAAUAUGCUACUGAACCAACUAGUAUAAUGAAGUAUAUCAAGAUAGCAGCUAAGCUUCCUGAGAAGACAGUGAGGGAUGUCGCCAUGAGGUGCCAGUGGAUAGCUAAGGAGAGUGGGAAAAGACGCAAGUUAGGAAGUUACUAUGCCGAAAAGAAGGAAAAGGUGGUGUAUUCUUCCUCACUGAGUACUGUAACUUCUGUUCAACCAAAGGGCACCACCUACUCUUCUUUGAGGAUAUAUGAUGUGCCCAGCAAUAAACAGCCCAAUCAAGGAGCUUCUCCAGUGAACACUGAGACACAAUGCCUUCUAAUGGAGAAUUUUAACCUUCUCAAUAAGAUUGGGUCAAACCUCGAAUUGAGUAAGCUAGAAGAUAAUAUCAACCUAUUCUACCGGACAAGAGUGAACAUAGCAACCGUUUUAAAUAGGAUGAGUGACAAACUAGGAAUGAUGAGUCAGAUGCCUCCAUUGCCGGUGUUAAUUGAUGAUAACCUUUUCCAGCCCAUUCUUCCCCUAGCUAGACAGGUUCUGUAAGAGGAAGAUCAUUUGCCUGCUUCAUGAAUGCUGCUGAAAUUUCUGUCGAAGCUUGUUUGUAGGUAUACUAUGCUCUUCCCGGGUGAUCCAAUCAGGUUUAUGAUCAUCAACCUGAAGAUCAACUAGGUUCCGAUCGAUGCCACGACAUUCAGUAUAAUCUAGCAAUGAAAAUUCAACUUCUCCUGCAAUUGCCCAUGUAUGUCCAUCUGAUAGCAAGUAUUCCGGUCACAACUGUAUCAGGUUGAACGAACUAUAAUGGAAGAGACAGGACACUUUUAUCA